AAAACAACAUGGAUCAUAUCAUGCAUUGUUGGCCGGCCUCAUGGAGCCAACGGCGCUGCCGUCGCCGGUCGCCGCCAUGGCGACCGACGAUGUGGUUCUCCCGUACAUCUCGCGUAUGCUUAUGGAGGAAGACAUGGACGACGACAUGUUCUUCUCCCUGUACCCCGACCACCCCGCGCUCCUUGAGGCGCAGCAGCCGUUCGCCCAGAUCCUGUCGUCCUCGUCGGCUCUCUCCUCUGGCAUCUCCAACCACGUCAGUGGCGGCAAAUCCUUCACCGGUGUUCUGGACAGUGCGCCAAUGGCGGAGAAGGCGAGGAAUUUCUCCGGUGAGGACAGCCUGGAGGGUUCUGCUGCCUUGAUGAUGAUGCAGGGGAGCGACAAUGGCAUGGGACGGAAGGGUAGUAGGCACGGCGAGGACGAGCAGGAAGUCGAGCUGGGCCGGGCGAGCAAACUGAUGGCGACGCCGGAUGAGGAUGACGACGAUGGCGUCGGCGAGAUGUUGGAGCGGAUGAUGCUCAACGGGGACGAGGCAUGCCACACAGAGAUGAAGGCGCCGAGCGUCCCAGAGAAGAAAAAGGCCGGCGGGAAGGCGGCGCGGCGGAGGCAGGCGAAGGCGGAGGUAGUGGACCUGCGCGAGCUGCUCUUGUCAUGCGCGCAGGCGGUGUCAUCGGGCAGCCGCCGGAGAGCCGGCGAACUCCUGGAGCAGAUCAAGCGGCACUCUUCGCCGACAGGGGACGCCACCGAGCGGCUGGCACAUUACUUCGCCGACGGUCUGGAGGCGCGGCUGGCCGGGGCCGGAGCGGUGAGCCUGGAUCACCGGCAGCUUGCGGCCGCCGAGCGCGCCUCGACCAUGGAAUUGCUGGAGGCGUACCAGCUGUUCAUGGCGGCGUGCUGCUUCAAGUGGGUGGCGUUCGCGUUCGCCAACAAGACCAUCCUACGCGCGGCGGAAGGGAGGAGCAAGCUCCACAUUGUGGACUACGGCGCGCAGUAUCACGGCCUCCAGUGGCCACGCUUGCUGCAGUGGCUGGCGGAGAGGGAAGGCGGCCCGCCGGAGGUGAGGAUGACGCUCGUCGGCCAACCCCAGCCCGGGUUCCGUCCGAACCGACUGCUCGAGAGCACGGGACGCCGGCUCGGCAACUGCGCGCGCGCGUUCGGCCUCCCGUUCAAGUUCCGCGCCAUCGCCACAGCGAGGUGGGAGACGGUCACCGCCGAGGACAUCGUCGGCGCCGACCCCGACGAGGCGGAGGCGGUCGUCGUCAACGACGUGCUCAGCCUGGGCACCCUCAUGGACGAGAGCGGCGUGUUCGACGACCCGAGCCCGAGGGACAUGGUCCUCGGCAACAUCCGCGGCAUGCGCCCGGCGGUGUUCGUCCAGGCCGUGGUGAACGGCGCCCACGGCGCGCCCUUCUUCUUCUCGUCGCUGUUCAACAUGCUGGACGCCACGACGCCCAAGGAGGGGAGGCACCUGCGGGUGGUGCUGGAGCGGGACGUGCUGCGGCGGGCGGCGGUGGGGGUGAUCGCGGGCGAGGGGGCAGAGCGGGUGGAGCGGCGGGAGACGUACAGGCAGUGGCAGGCGAGGAACCAGCGGGCGGGGCUGAGGCAGGUGGAGAUGGAGAAGGAGGUGGUGGAGGCGGUGCGGCGGAGGGUGAGGAAGCGGCACCACGAGGAGUUCGUGAUCGAGGAGGAUCGUGGGUGGUUGCUGCAGGGGUGGAAGGGCCGCAUCCUCUACGCUCACUCCGCCUGGGCACCGCCCGAGGGUUGA